UUGCACUGCUCUGUCUUUCGCUUUCCUUCUCCCAUCUGCUCCUUAAUCUUAUGCCUGUCCAAGAUGUUCCAGAUGUGGACCAGCCUGACUGGUUCUGUUGCAGUUCCUCUGGCUACAAAUGAUAACAUCUACCAGAGUUGUACAGUACCACCGCUGGCACUGCUUUUCCAUUUGACAAGACAGACUUUAUGUGACAGCCACUGCUGCUCUGGGAUCUCCACCCUUCAGGAUACUGCGAUUACACUGACAUUGUGGCUUUAAAAUGGGGCCUGAUUGUUUUUUGGAUAAGCUUGUGAGGAAGCAGACAGUCGGAGAGUAAGAUAGACAGACAGACAGACAGGGCUGGCUGGAUUCUUGUUCCUUCUUGAAAGAUUUAAAGUGAUUUAAAGUUCCUUCUUGAAAGAUUUAAAGUGUUUGGCUGCUGGAGAUCUGUUUGACUGUUAACAUGUAGGGUGUUAAAACAAAAGUCUUCGCCUCAAACAGUAUGAGGAAAAUGGCUCUUGUGUUUCAUGAGUUAAACAGACUAUUUGCUGGCAAUUGCAACAUUUCCAGCCGGGAGUAAGACCAUUACCGCAGAAUUUUCUCUGCCCUCUUCGCCGCGUCCACGUGUUGUUUACUUUGUUGUCUGGCCUUGCACAGAUUUCAGGUGAAAGUUACAUCACUGCACAUCUGGAAAUCAUUUUUUCACAAAGAAAGACUAGUCGGAUCAUGUGCCUGGCCUCCAUCCAGAUCUGAUUCCCUGCCUGGUUUCAUCGCUUCCUAAAAAAAAAAAAAGUGCCUUAAAAGGUUGACAGAGAGAAAGGGAGACACAGAGAGAGGGAGAAAGUGAUUGAGGGAGGCUGGUGGAGACGAGCGCUUCCUUGUAAUCGCGUCAUGAAGGCGGCGUUGUCCUCCUCUUCCUGUUUUAUCUCGUGUCUCAGACACAGUCCAGGUGACACCAGCAGUGAACCUGGUAGAUCUCCUCUGUCGUUGCAGACACAAGGACAUCACUCCUCUUCGUCAAAGCCUCAAACUCUCUGUAGGAUGACGGAGGGAGACGUCACGGUGCUGCCAUUUGGACCUGCGUCCUCUCUGGACCUGUCCAGGCAGGAGCAGCGGACGCUGACCAGACUGUACAGCCAGAACGGAGGAUAUCACCUGAGGAUUUUACCAGAUGGGACUGUGAGUGGUGGCAGGCAGGAAAAUGACCCCCACGACGUCCUGAGGCUGAAGGCUGUGAGCGUGGGAGUGGUGGUCAUCAAAGGCGAGAACACAGGAAGGUACCUGGCUAUGAACAAAAAUGGACGCCUCUACGGAUCACAAUCACUGAAUGAUGAGUGUUACUUCCUGGAGAAGUACGAAGAAAACCACUACAACACAUAUUGCUCUCAGAAGUACAACUGGUAUGUCGGGCUGAAGAGGAACGGCCAACCCAAACCAGGACCAGACACCCACCAGGGUCAGAAGGCCGUCUUCUUCCUGCCAAGGCCUGCGGGCAGCGUGUAAAGCAAGACGGCACCAGGAACCGCGGACACGCUCACUCAAGUCUUUAAAUGCACAUUAAAAGUGCAAUUUUUUUGACGCCGGGCAAAGUAUCUUAUUUAAAGGUCACUUAAAAUCAGUACAAUGGGGCACUAAAGCCUGAGGCAAACACAUGAUGCUGUUUUACAGUUAGUUCAAGCUCUAUUUCAUGUCAAUAACCUACAUGUUUGUUCAUUCCUCUCAUAUAUGUGAUUCCAGCUCAUACUGUAUGUGACCAUCGCCUAUAUAAAGCACAUAUACGCCCUCUCA